AUAUUUCAAUGCCGUUUUCAUCGAGUCGUGUCUGUUGGUGGUGUUAUAGAAGAAGUUUCUGCUGCUAGAAGAAAAGAAAUUGUUAAAAGUUUCCUUAGAUACUAAAAGGUAGUACCUAUCAUUAUUAAUAGCUGAGGGAUAUAAUUUUCUCUUAGAUUGUACGCUUGAAACCAUCAUCGUCGAUACAGUAUACGUAUAAAUUUUCAUCGCGAGAAGAGUCGGUGGUUAACAACCGUCUUUUGUCACUUAAACCUUUAUUCCUUGUGGUAAAAGGUAUUUCAGUUCGGUUUAAUGCAUUUAGCUUCGCUUACUUGUUUCAAAAUGUCAGAAACGUGUUUAGGCGAAAACUUAAGUAUUUCCAAACGAAAGAAAACGCGCCGCUGGAAACCGCGUUCAAAAGAAAACAGAAAGUAUAUAAAUGAAUUCAUGAGACAAAGAAAACACAGGGUCGCGCCUUCAAAUACCACACAGUUUUUAAUGGAAGACAGAGAAAAGAUUGAACCUAUUUUAAACUUAUCACCGUCAUCAUCCUUGUCAAGUGCUGAUGAGGAAAGUGGUUCUGAAAUAGAUAUGGACUUAGACAUCUUUAAUCACGAGUUUUUUUUAAAUGAUUUUGAAAAAGCCUAUCGCAAAGUGCACCGUGACAAUCUAAAUUGUUUGUCUAAAUGUGAACUUAUGAGCAAAGUCAAAAACUUAGAAAGCCAUUUAGACAAUUUGGAAAAAGAAAAACUCAUUAGUUUUAGGAGGAAUGAGGAAGAAAGAAUAGUGGAACUCAAAAAAGAAACAGAAACCCAAACGUUGGAAAACGAAUUAAAAAAGUUGAAGGAGGAGAACAGAAUACUUUUACAAGAAAAUAUGAAACUAAAGAAGGGAACAUCUUGCUAAAAUUUGUGUGAAACAAAUUCCCUAUACCUGAGUCAUGAUGAUGACAGUUUCUGCUCCAUCUGACCAAAUUUGUGGUGCAGGAAGGUUCGUUUUCAUUACAAUUAUGGUUCAAUUUGUUAUUGUAAUGUAUGCAUUUGAUAACAUGGGAUUUUUCAGAUAUUCAUAAUAUCUUCCUUACAUUACACCCCCUGUAUUAUGCAAUGUUUUUGUGACUGAGUGCAUCGGGAAUGCAAACCCUCUUCUGUUUAGUUUAUAGGGGAAAAUGUCUUAAUUAUUUACUAUUGUGUUGUUGAAAUCAUGAUGUUAAACAGAAUUUUAUGAUGUAAAAAAAUUGUUUGUAAAAAUAAUGGAAAUUUGAAAA